AUGGGCAUACAGGCAGAUAUGAAAGCUGAGGAUAAGGUUGAGCACAGCGAUGUUGAAGAGUCUGAAGUUGACGAAGAAGUUGAAGAUAUAAGUGAGGAAGGACUUUUGGAUGAAGUUCCAGAAGAUACUACUGAAAUAGACCUUGUCCACAUGAAGAUUAGCAAUUUGACUGCACUCAAAUUAGAGAGAUUCAAACAGUUGGAACACAUUUAUUUUAGACAAAACUUUAUUAUUGAUAUUGAAGGUUUAGAAGGUUUAGACAGCCUUAGGGAACUUGACUUGUAUGACAAUAAAAUAUCUCAUAUUCGAGGAUUAAAUCACCUUGUUCAGCUCAAGGAUUUGGAUCUGUCUUUCAACAAGAUCAAGCAUAUCAAGAAUAUUGACAAACUGACAAACUUGGAGAACCUUUAUUUUGUAAGCAACAAAAUUUCCAAGAUUGAAAACCUAGACACACUUGUCAAUUUGAAGAAUCUCGAAUUGGGAGCCAAUCGAAUUAGGGUUAUUGAAAACUUGGAUUGUCUUGCCAAUUUAACACAACUUUGGUUAGGAAAGAACAAGAUUACUAAACUGGAGAAUUUGAGUCCCUUGAAGAAUCUAAGACUAUUGAGUAUCCAAAGUAAUCGCCUGACAAAAAUUGAGGGUUUAGAAGAACUUGAAAAUCUUGAAGAACUUUAUCUCAGCCAUAAUGCGAUUACGAAAAUUGAGGGUCUUGAGAAGAAUCUCAAAUUGACGAUUGUUGAUAUUGCUAAUAAUGCCCUCACAAAGAUUGAAAAUUUGUCUCAUUUGCCUGCUUUGGAGGAAUUCUGGGCAAACAAUAAUCAAUUUGAUAAUGAGUGCUAUAAACAAGUGGAAGAAGAGCUGGGCAAGAUCAAGACACUGGAGACAGUCUAUCUUGAAGGAAACCCAAUGCAAUUGAAUAAUAAAGCAACCUAUCGUAAUAAGAUUAGGUUAGCUUUGCCUCAUAUUAAGCAGAUCGAUGCCACUCCUGUUCGAUGA